CACAAUCCCAGACCAGCGAGAUGCGAAGUUCGUGUGUCCUAUAGAUGGAUGCAGCAAGGAGUUCAACGUUUCUAUUGGUAGGGAUUGCUUUAGACCACGGAGCUACUUGAAGCACCUUGACGACCACGGCAUCAAGAACAAGACUGAACGCGACGCCCUGAUGCCAGAAUGGGCACGCAGUCCCUGCUUCUUUCCUUGUUGCCGCUCAGAGGAGUGCUUUCCGCAGACGAGGGGGGAAGGAUAGGAAGAGGUACCGGAGGCGCCAGAGACGGGGAUCGAAGCGUUCCAGGAAUCCACCGAUGGCUUCCUCGACCUCCGCCGAGUUGAGCGGGAAGACGUGCGAGAAGUUGAACGCCCAUGUUGAGGACGACAAUAUGCUCAAGGCCGAAGCAGAGCUCUACGAGUACUCCGUUGUUCGCCUCCGUGGCUUCGCUCUGCCGAAGAAGUUCAAAGGACUGACGGGGAGCGCGACUGAACUGACGGAGGAUACGGUUGACCCCAAGGCACCCGGCACGCGACGUCGACCAGUCAUCAUCAAAGACAGUGAAGAGGAGUGCUUAAAUCAGGACUUUCUUGCACAGCUCAACCUGGUUUGGACAGGAGCACAAGCAUUGCUUGCUGAAGAUCUAGCAGCACAAACAUGGGUUGAUGCGCGGAAGGGCUUGAUGUCGAUGUUUACCGAUGGACAAGAUAUAAUAGACCGAUUCGACAGGCGUCGCCUGAGUUUCCUUCAUCCGAGGACGGUCGCCCAUCUUUUGCUCAAGGGCACAAAGAUUCAGAUAGCACAGUACUUUCCGCUGUGUGAGGAUCUCGUCGCAAUAAAGAGAUUUAUGGGCAGCCGAUUACCGCGCCGGUUUGGCAGCGAUGAAACGUCCAACAUGAGAGAGAGCAUCAAGCCGUACGUCAUCAGCACAAUUGAUUGCAGGUUUAGAGCAAACGAGAUGCCCGCUCAUCAAGCCUUACGUCGAGAGGCAAGUACGAGGUUCUUUCGAACCGGAAUCAAAUCUCAAAAGGCCUCCAAUGCGGCCGCGGCCUUUGGCGGUACGAAGGGGUCACUUAUCUAUCCCGUCGCCGAGAUGAGAGAGCUCCUCAUCACAGCCAUGUCGCGGUUUAUGUGCGAGCAGCAGCAUCUGGCGCUGCCGACCAACGCAACUGGAUAUAUGGAGGCCAUAUGCGAAGGGUCGCCACUCCUCCGCGGUCUCAUUCAGUAUGUUACAAAGAACGACAGGUUCCUGAAGCCGCGUAAGAACGGCAAGUUCUUGGUCGCAGAGGAAGUCCCUCUGAAUGCGCUUUUUCUCGAAUGGGGACUGAAUAUGCUCGGCAUUGAGACUGCCGUAUUCCACUCUGGCCUCACACAAAAGGAGCGCAACGACCUCCAAGAUGAGUUCAACAACCCCGGCAGUUCUCUUACAUGCGUCAUCAUCUUCUACAACGUCGGUGGGGUUGGAAUCAACCUGUGGAAAGACUGCCACACUGUAUUCUUGGCGACCCCGGCGGCCAACGAGGCCAACGAGAAGCAGGCCUACGGGCGGGUGAUUCGCGCGCCACAACCCUUUAUCGCGCAUAUAUACAAGUUCUAUGUGGAGCAAAGCAUCUUUGCCUACCGAGAGUCCCGGAAACGGGACAAGUAUCUGGUCAAGCUGGCAACGAGAGCAUCCGAUCCAGCGAUGCGAAGUCUGAUAGUAAAGUGUCUAAAUCUCCACCAAGAGAACGUCCGAGCGGAUCCGACGAACAUAUCUUGGAAAAGAGGCUCAAGCGGAUCCGACGAACAAGCACAUCACGGGACAAGUGCAUGAGACUCUGACGAUUCAAGACACAAAAAAAGAUCUCAUCAUGUCCAAAGCCGUCCACGACCCCUUGGACAUUGAUUCGGCACCUUCUGUUGAGGGGAAGAGGACCCGGAGAUCAGUCAAGCGCUUCCAAGAGGAGUUCGGCUAUUACCCGGAUAGUGACCUCGAAGACGGGGUCCACAAGAGAAAGAGCAAGGGCAAGGGCAAGUCGCGCGUUGUGGAAGACGACGACGACUUCUCAGCAUCGGGAGAAGAGCCGUCAGACGAAAGCGACUA